GAGAUAUGAAGGCAGCGUAGGAGGAAGUCACCUUUAAUCUGCAGUUUCAGGCUGGCAGACACACACAGACUUCAUUUUUCGAGCCACUUUGAAGGAACCAGCCCAACCUGGUCAUCCACCCUGCCAGAAAUGAUGAACGGCACUAAUUCUGCACUAAUGAACAGAACUAAUUCCUGUGAACCCGUAAACAAUCUGGCUAACACCUUUUUUAUAGUGCUCUACAGUGUGAUGUUUCUGGUGGGUUUAGUCCUAAACGGCUUCACAUUAAGGGUUUACUUCUGUGUAGCCCAGCAUCGUCCAUCCAGCAGCGUCACCAUCUACCUGAAGAACCUGGCAGCCUCUGACUUCCUCAUCAGCCUCUGCCUCCCGCUGCGGAUCAUGAACUUCGCCAGUAACUCUACCCUCAUCCGGCAGGUCUACUGCAACUUUGGAGCCGCUGCCUUCUAUCUCAACAUGUACGCCAGCAUCCUGUUCAUGGGCUUCAUUGCUGCCAAUAGGUACAUGAAGAUCGUCCAUCCUUUGGGGAACCACUUCUUCCAGAAGGCUAGAGCUGCUUACAUCAUCUCUAUAUCAACCUGGGGUUUGCUCCUGGCAAUGACGAGCUCCUAUGUCAUCCUUUCCCUCCUCACCAAAGGGAAUAAGGAAGAGCUGCCCGGUAUGGUGAGCUGUGACGUCCUGCACAGUAAGCAGCUGAGUCUGCUCUACAAAAUCAUCCACAGCUUCUCCGCCAUCCUCUUCCUCAUCGUCCUCAUGGCCCUCAUCUUGUUCUACCACAGCACGUCACGUAGGCUGUCUCUGGCUCAGAGAACUCAAACAACUUCCAGUAACUCCAAAAAGCUUAUUAAAUCCCGGCGAAACAUGCUGGUCCUGGUCACGGUCUUCUGCGUCUGCUUCGUCCCCUACCACCUGGUUCGCCUUCCCUACGCCUUCAAGAAAAGUUUGUUUUGCUCAUGGAGUUGGUUCUUCUACGUGAAGGAACUGACCGUCCUGGUGUCGGUCCUCAACGUCUGCCUGGACCCUCUGAUCUACUUCAUCUUCUGCAAGGCGUUCCGUGCUCAGAUGAGCAUGAGGAGGGGGGUUCACACCCAACAGAGUUCAAUGCAGGAAGAGCAAACAGACACGAGGAGCAGCGACGGGUGGUUGAACUCCCUCAGAAACCUGAAAAGACUGUCGGUCAUCUCAGUGACCAGGCAAAGCAGCGUUCUGUAGACCUUUCUGACUUCAGGACUCAUCCAUUAAAGGUGAAAAAAAUCCAGAGCUGAAUCCAGACUGGAAGAUAAAGAACGUUACUAAUCUCCAUCUAACAUGAGAUGGAGACUUUAAGGUCAGACACAGACUUGAUGCAUGGUCUUCAUUGGAGGAGGAGCCUGAGUCACCAACAGAAGAUAAAACAUCAGAAGAUCGUCAUUCUUUAUUGUUCAUUUACCUUUUCCUGGAUGACUCCAGAAUUUGAUUUCCAGGAAGAAUACAUGGUUCUUCUCAAACAUGGUGAUGCUGUCGUCAUCACCUCCAGUCCAUAAGCAUUCAUCUUUUUAGACAGAGAUGUUACAGUUUAAAAGCACGGAUCCAGUCCCAGUUUCCUGCCAUUUUCCUUUCAAACUCAUCUGAGUUUUUGGUUCAUGUUUUAAAUAAGGAAUGACCGAUGGUUUCAUGAUUUUCUGGAGAUCUUCCAGACUUGGCUUUUAUUUUUAUUUUUUUUGUCUGUAUUCAUAUUGAUUUUCAAGUCCAUUUCCAGCAGUUAAAACUUGUCUGAAAGGCCUAAAACAUAGCCUCAGACAUCCAUCUACAGAAUACGGAUCAGAGGGAGUGGUGGCCAAGUGGUUAGAAGCUUGGAAUCCUGAGGUUGUGAGUUUGAAACCCACUCCCACAGACUGCCACUCUGGGUCCCUGAGCAAACACCCUUAACCCUUCACUUCACUUUAUUUUUUAGCAAAUAAUCCAACAUUAAACAACAAAACAACAAUAUCAAAACAAAACAAAACCAACAAUUUACCAAAAAAAAGGGAAUAGGCUGAAGCAAAGCUUAUUAUUGCCUACCCUGUUUUAUACUUACAACCUUUACAACCUACCAGGUUCUUUACUGAGUAUAUAAAUAUUCAAAUCUACAUAACAUAGGAUUUUAUCAUUUUACAUUUUAAAGCCCUUUUGAAAUUCACCAAGGAUAUAACUUUAAAUCAACCUGCUCCUUGGGCGCUGCAAAUGGCCCACUGCUUCCAAAGGGGAUGGGUUAAAUGCAAAGAGGGAAUUUUGUUGCGCUGUACUUGUGACAGUGUAAUGACAACAAAAAGCUGGUAAAAAACUCAAAAAGAUCAAUUUGGAUAUUAAGAUCCUUCAUGUUUUAGCAAGCUCAAUACAGUUAUGGUAAAUAAUAACAGAAUCACAUCAGCAGCUUUCUUCCUCCUGAUAGUGUAUGGAGUGAGUUUUGUUCCAUCAUUGUUUGAAAAUUGAGUAAAAAAAAAAAACAGCAUU